AUGGAUGAGGACGUACCACCUGCGAAGCGUGGGGUCAAUGAGAUCAACGAUAAUGACACGAACAAGAACAACAGGAGCGACCAAGCACGGAUUCAACUUUAUGGGAAAGAACUACAAGAAGAAGUCUGUGCUUUAUCUAUAGCUGAUCCUAUAGGUUCAGUUGAAUUGGAUAAUCAUACUUCAGUUGGAGAGACAAUUACAGUAUUGGAGACGCCAUCAGAGAUUGAAACGAUUAAGACGAUUGAGACGGAUGAAGUGGUAGAUGAUGAAGCACUGGCGCACGCUACCAACAUCACGACGUCGUCAUUAGGACUUGUGGUGACUGCACCUGAAUUUCAAGUACUUCAUGACUCGUGGGAGACAUUUGACAAAGCUUUAAAGGUCUAUGGGAAAAUGACGUACCAAUUAUACGUGAUUCGCUCGACGACGUCAGUAAGACGACGAAAUUGUAAGAUUAUUGAAAGUAGAGCGAGAGGAGACAAUGCUAGUAAUGUAGAAGCUCUGAAGAAGGUAGAACUGGAGCUAGAAGCAUCCAUGGAUCAGGAUGUAGAUGUGGUCGGACGCGUCGUGGAGAGAACGUUGAUCCCGGAACGGUUUCUAUGGUAUUCCAAGUCGCUCAAGUGUACACAUGGAUGGAAAGAUCGUCAUCGAGGCACGGGCAAACGAGGAUCUGGAGUUGUACGGUCAACAAGUUGCCCUGCAAAGAUGUGUGUUACUCUACAACAUCGAGGACCUGGUCCCGACGACUGGAAAGUGGUUGUGACAAAGCAUGUGCGGACACACAACCACCAAUUAUCCAAGGAGUUGUAUUUGUAUUACACGGAGAAUCGACGUAUUUAUGACCCGGACUUGCUUGCGGUUGCAAAAGAAACAUGUGGAGCGGCAAAACCCUCUGUUGACAUGGCCAACGCCCAUCUUGUAUCUUUAAUCGAGCAAGCUAAUCAGCGGACCGGGCUGCAUCAUAUACUCCCGUCCAAUAACGAGCAGAUCCAACGGCAGGCUACGUCGAUGGCAUUGCCGGCAUCGAGUUCACCGUCUUCAUUAUCUUCUUGCCCUAAUGAAAGUGGCAAUGACGACCGCACCAGCAAGAACCUCAUGACGCUUACCGAGACGGAUCGUGGCAAUGAAGUGGCUCGGCCACGUGUGAUAACGGGGAUUUCGUUCGCUACCAUGCCACCACUGGGCGCGAUGGUAUUGACACCCGGAACGAUUCGGUCGAAAGCGAUAGGUGGUGGAGGAUUCUGCGUGCCACGAGUAUCGGUGAAGGUGCAUGCGUCUUGGGACGCUUUCCACGACUUCAUAGCGCAGUACUCAUUUGAUACAAUGCAAGUUUUCCGCACACGGUCAACCGUGUCGAUAGCCGCAAGAAACGCAAAAAUUGUAGCAUCUGUUGCAGCAAAAUGUGGGCAGGACGGUCACGAUGUUGCUAGUUACGCAAGUUAUGCUGCGACGUCACCUUCUUCGCGCCUCAUCCCAGAGAAGUACAAGUGGUUCUCGAAGCUGUUGAUUUGUACGUAUGGCCGGAACCGAAGAGUACGAGGCGGAGGAGCUCGUGUUGGUGAACAGAAUGAUGAAGGUCCAUGCCCAGCUAUGUUACUCGCACGUAUGGAGCGCAAUGUAGACGGCGAUUGGUACGUAGUGAUCAAUCGUCAAGUGCAAAAGCACAACCACCGAUUGCAUGGUUACGUUGAGGAGGCUUGCGGAAGCAAUCAAGUACUAGUCGAGUCUGGUAAUGAUACCACCGGUGCCUUAGCAACUGCAUCAAAUAUGGACUCAAAUUCUAUGCGGUAUUGUUCAAGUGUACAUAGCUCAACCAUGAUUGAAACUGAAACGAGCGAAACCAGCGUCGUCAAAGAUACACCCACACAGUCUUUUGAUCAUCGUGAAAUUGUUGUCCGCGUUCCGAAGAUUCAGUCUGUCUUUAACUCGUGGGAUGACUUUCACGCAAGUCUCAAAGCCUACUCCGAUGCUACAUAUCAGCUAUAUCGUACGAGAACGACAAGCUCAGCAAAGGGAAGGAACAAAAAGAUUGCACAAAUGGAGCGUGGUGGUGGCGAAGGAGAGACUGACAAGAACAGUGAAGCCAGAAGUGAACAGGAAGUCCUUUCGAGUGGAGCAAAUGUUGCGCGCAAGAUUCCUGAACCGUGGAGAUGGUACUCUAAGACCCUAACGUGCACACAUGGCUGGAAAGAGCGGCAUCGUGGCGCAGGCAAGCGCUCUGCCCAUGGUGUACGCUCAACAGCGUGCCCUGUGAAGAUUUGCGCCACCGUGCAAUACAUAAACCAACUCUCAAGACUAGAUGGCUCUGACUCGGCUAAAGGCAGCUGCGCCAUAGUUCAUGACAGCUGCUGGCGAGUUGUGGUUACGAAGCAUAUUGUGGACCACAAUCACAAUUUAUCGCGGGAGCUGUAUCAACACUAUUGUGAGAAUCGUCGAAUUUACAACCCAGAACUACUUGCAAUCGGCACGUCGAAUAAUGGCUUUCUAGUGAAGCGUAAGGUCAACCGAAGUCCUAGUGACCAUGGCGCUUCAGCUUCUGAUACGUCAAAACAUUGUAUAGUCCCCGCUGGACAUCAAAUAACUUCUCAAUCUCUUGCGCUGUCAACCGAGCUUGAGGCGGGGCUGGCAGAAAUUGCAAAUCAUGGCCCGCUAUUUGGAUCUUCUGGUAGUAUUCACGCACUUGAAGUCGAUGGAGCAACCACGUUGCAACAAACAAUGACUAAAAUGCCAACUUCGGCUUGCGUCGGACAGCAAUUUGUGCCGUCAGUUGUGCUGGCUCCGUACAACUCAACAAUCUCAUGCCAACCAGCCCGAACUCAAAGUCAGGAUCAACAGCAGCAGGAGCAGCGCGAAGAUCAACAGCAGCAACCGCUGGCAGCUUGUGGCGUUAGUUCGAAUAGCGUUUAUCUUAGUCGAAGUCACGUAAGCGGGGAAAGCGCGGUAGCCUUGGCAACACCAGCCAUAAACUCGUCUAAUCUCGUGGUACUCAACGACGCAGGAGCGGCAAUGUCUGGUGGACUUCCUCGAUUGGGCUCCAACGUGAUAUCUGUUGCAUGUCGUGUCCAUGGAUCAUCGGCCGGUGUUGACUUAACUAUUAACGAGAAAGGUAUUAUUAACCCGGAAACGAUUACGUCAGAAGCACAUGAAAUUGGCUCUGCAAAUACUUUAGCAGCGCAAUGUACGUGCUUCCGGAUUGCUGGUGGAGGUACCUACGUUACUAUUGUCCCUGCUAGCGGGUCAUCAGCCCCUACUGAAACCAAUUUCGAUGUUGAAGACGAAGCGAUGUUGUGCGAUGAAGACAUGGACGGAGGCUGGCAACCUUCUUCGCAUGUUGAGAUUGAAAAGGUGACGCUUGAAAACGGAGAAACAGUUUGGCUUGUGCCUCGCAUCGUGCGACGGUAUUCCUCAUGGGAAGAAUUUCACACAUACCUGGACGCGUAUUCAGCUGCAACAUUCCAGCUCUACCGUGUUCGCACAACGUACUCGGUGCGCUCGCGCAACGUUCGCCUUCGUCAACUAGCUGCAAGUCGAGGACUUCUUGUGCGCGAAGGUGAUAAAGAUAAUACAAGAGAUCCAGCGGAGAGUGAGCAAGAAGGUGUUCAUGGGCUGUCUCGAGCCCACCUAGUACCCGAGCGAUAUGAAUGGUACUCGAAAACGUUCUUAUGCACACACGGAUGGAAGCGUCGCAGUCGCGGUAGCGGCCAGCGUGUUAGCCACAACGUUCGGGCCGCUGAGUGCCCCGCCAAAGUAUGUGCAACACUGCAGCGUACUGACGGUUCAAGUAAAUGGAACGUCGUUGUCACGAAGCAUUUGGCAGAGCACAAUCAUGAACUCUCGGAAGCAAUUUACCUUCAAUACUCUGAGGUUCGACGUGUACGCAAUCCUGAAGUGCUUGCACAGGCCGAGCAACUUUGGCGAGGUGGAGCUACACGUCGUCAUGUGUUUGAGUAUCUCAAAGAGCGAUCGCCGAAUCAAAUCAUUCUGAUGAAAGACGUGCACAACCUCGUUCAGCGGUGGCAGUCACGAGAGCGUCGUCCAAGACAAGACCAGCAACAGGACAGUAUCGAAGACCAGCCAGUACAGCUGCAGUCCAAGUCAAACGCGUCACUAGAUGUUUCAGCCAGUCAUGACGAUGAGAACGCCCCUUGGUUGUGA